CCAGGGCAUGGAGCAGGAGAGUGUGACAACAUUUACUUAGAAGCGGUUGUAAGGAGAGAAGCGGCACACGUACGGCGAUAAAGUCUUUCAAAGUAUUUCAACACUUUACGCCGUGGUGCAGUGUUACUGCCUACGCGGAUCUAACGACGUAGCCGGGGUUCGAUUCCCCCAUCGGUGCACUUUUCGGCCGUUUCUCGGUUUCCAGUGGAUAGCGCCCAAGUUUCACUUUCACAUUCGUUGAGAAAAAAUUGAUAAGGACCAGUCAGAUUCCACUUUAUGCCUUGUAUAAGAUAUUACCUGCUGUCCCGCAGCCACGGCUAGCUUGACAAUGGAGGCAUCCUACCAGAACCAACAGUCAUCUGUAAACAAGGACAGUAUGAUUGCCCACUUUGAACACAACGAAAAGACAAUUUCGCCGUUGGUAUUUUAUGUUGAUGCACCGCCGGGCAUUCCGGAACCUUUGCCGUAUUCCGGGGAUUUUUUCUGGGCCUUCCACGCCGCCUACGCUUCGAUCCAUGGCUACCUUGCAGUAGUAAUCUGCGCUGUCGGGAUUGUCGGCAAUCUCCUGAGCAUCGCCGUACUGACGCGUCGAUCUCUGGUAACCCCGACAACGGUACUCCUGACAGCGCUGAUUGUGGUACACACGCUGUUGAUGAUGACGUACAUUCCCUUCGUCGUUCAUCAGAACAUCCUGAACGCCGUCUGGCCCGUCGCCCUGUGGCACAGUUAUUCGUGGAUGGCUUUUAUCUUCUUCCAUGUACAAUUUACUAUCGUUUUCCAUUCGAUCGCCGCCUGGCUCACCGUUAACCUGACGCUGUUUCGCUGCUGGACGGUGAUGUUCCCCAGAGCAGCGGAUAGGUGCUGCAAGAUGUUGCUGCCGUAUACCAUUAUCGCGGCGGUCGGGAUAUGCAACGUUAUUUUCUGGACGCCAUCGUAUUUAAGUGUACAAAUCGACAUAUUUCAGCAUGAUGCACCGGAAUACCUUAAUCCAACAGGAGUGCCUGUGGUGCCGAUGUACAGUAUUGGCGAAUCAGAUUUGUCGCGCAAAAAUCACCAUAACCUGCAGAUAAUAACUUUCUAUGCGUGCAUUGCGGCCAAACUGCUGCCGUGUUUCCUUCUGUUCUGUCUCAGCGUUCCAUUGGUGAUCGCCCUGCUUCGUCCCGAACGCCAUGGAACUCCGUUAACAUUCUCCGACGAAGCGUUUCCAUCAAAUUAUUCCCCGACACUCCAAACGGCUCCGUCAACCGCCCAGGAGAUGAGUCACCCGGCCAGUAACGCCACCGAGAUGGAAAUAAUAUCGGCCACACCCUUCAACGCACUGCAGCGGCCGGCGGCUCCCCGAGGUGGUUACCAGGCAGCGAGGCGGGAUGUUCCAACGGCUGUGGUACUGGUCAUCGCCGUGGUCUGCAUCCUUACCGACGGUCCAUCGGGAUUAUUGGCGCUCUCCACAUGUUUCUCCGUGGAUUUCUUCAACAAUGUCUUUAUCCCGCUCGGCAAUGUGAUGGAUGCGCUGCAUUUAUUGAAGGGUGCCGUCUUUUUGAUCAUUCUCUGUUCCUUGAGCCGGGAGUUCCGGCUAACGUUUUCUCAGAUCUGGUGUGCCAAAAGACUAGCCAGCAACGGAAACGAAAUCGCCUGCGGUUAUUUUACCCGGAUUAUCCUUACGUUAUUGGUGCGGAAUUAAAUAAAAUAUAUUUUCGCAUACUUAUUAAGGGAUUUGGCCCGGCACAUAGCACCAAAUUUGUGUACAUCCGCGGCAACUCUUGCUGUCGCGCACUCCCAAACACUUUUUUGCAUUG